AUGGAAACCAUGCCAGAACGUCCCUGGGCUAACGCUCGGAUGAUAAUUAUUUUAGCCGCCCUUUAUCUCGUCUAUUUUGUGGUGUUCGCAGCAUAUGCCGUGUAUGUGCCAUUUUUUCCAAGCGAGGUAAGAUAUAUUAAUUCUGCAUUUUCUUGUACUGAGUCUGUUAUUGACCUGUAGUGGUUUAUCAUACGCUCAUUGCAUUUCCCUAUUAAAAGUCGUAUGUGCUGACUUAGGCUGACUUAGUAAAAAAAGAUUUCAAAACAGCCGGUGCAUUUUUUUUCUGCUCGGCUUGUGAACAGAACAGAUAUGCAUGCAUGAUUAACUUGUUUCGGACUAUGCAAAAAUAUUGUCUUGCCUUUCUUUGUAGUGAGAGUUUCAACAGUUCUUACAACGGUUUUCUUUUUUAACUUCUGUAAAGCAUUUUUAGUCAGUUUAAGUGUUACAGGUCAAAAUUAAAUCCGGAUUAGAAUUUUUAAACAAAAUUGAUUCUCAAUGUUCUUUCUCUUAAUAGCCCUAAUAUUCAUGAAAUAGGGCUAGGAGACAAAGGUAAAUGAGAGUCAACCUAGGUUGAAAACAUUUAAGCUUGAAUAUAAUUUAAUUUAAUUCUAUAACAUCAAUGUUGUGCUUAAGCUUCCUCCUUGAUGCAAAUUCUAUUUUUCUUUAUUUUUGAGUUUAGCAAGGUAUGAUAAUGACUUACUGAUCAGAAAAAAUGCAGUGUACAUCAAAGAAAAAUAAUUGAACCACUACAGGAAUCCAUCAACACAAUCAGAAGAGAGCACGUUAAAUUUAGUAAACUUCACAAGUUUGAGGGUAAUAUUUUAGGGGGAAAAAGUGAAGGUAAUGAAGACAGUAAAGUCACCACAGACAUUUGUUUGGCCAGGUGGGGAUACAAAUUUCCGUUUUCCCUCCAGAAUAAUGUCUAUAAAAUCUGAAACUUUGCAGAGUCUUAUAUUUUUUUUCUUUUCAACAUGACAUGUCAAGGCACUCUUAAGUAACUCCAGCUCUAUCUAACAGGUCCAUUUAAUGUAAUAGUUAAGUUGAAAAAAAUGGUUGCUUUAUUCUACAUGUCUCACCCACUUGGAACAAACCUUGGGGGUUUUGGUUUUUUCUUGUUCCGUGGAAGCCAAUACCUAGCCUGUUCCAGGCGUUCAGGUAGUGGUAAGUAGUGGUAAGUAAAGAAAGCGAGGAAAACUAAAGGGGGUACUGGGGUGGGCGGUGCGGGAAUGCCAUUCCCUCUCUCCCCCCUCAUUUUCAUUUUUUCACGUUCCUUUUUACUUCACACCACUCCCACUAUCUGAACACCAGCGCCUGGAACAGGCUAGCCUAUACCAUGUCUGCUGGGGAAUUUGCAGGUACAGAAGUAGGAGCCGGUGACUGAGGUUUUUAGGUUAUAAGGGGCUAUAUCACUUUUAUUUCUACCUUUUUUAAAAGCUAAAACUUGUCUUUGCAUCAAGUAAAUCUCAAAAAUAAUGGCACUGUAUUUAGGCAUUGAAACUGUGUCCUGUCAGCUGUUGCAACUUGAUGCAAUGAUGGACGUGGAAUUGAAACUUGAAAAGUUGGGCAACCUUUUUCAAUUUUUUUGUAGUAUGCUCAGAAAAAUUAUUGCGGUCAAUAGUGCUCUCUCAGAUGAAAUUUGUUUGAUAUCGUCUCUUUCAUAACUCUACAUGAGUAGCAUUUUGUGUAUGGGAAACAAAACUGGCUGACUUUAAAACAGAAUUGACCUAAAAUGGUAAUAUCCUCAUGACACAGCAUCGUGAAGGGUUAGGGUUGCAGUUACCGGUACAUGAUUUAUAAUCAAUUGUACCUGUGCACCUGCAAAUUAUACUGUUUUGCUAUUCUUUAUCUGUGGGACUGUUUUUUUGAGUUUUGCCCUGAAGUAAAAUGUUUCAUUUGAAUUUUCCAGACUGAUAUUAUUUUGUUGUUAUUUUUGCCAUGAAGUCUUUUGUUUCUUGUCACCUUGUAUUUCAUCAAAAUGUGAAUCAGUUGGCCCGACAAAAUAGGGGUGGGUCUGCAAAUUACUAGGCAUGUAAUCAUGCUAUUCAAAAUAAGAUAUGCAUAGAAACUGUAGAUGGCAUGCUUUGUUGGUGUUGUGUCGAUCCUCACACAGAGCAGCCAGUUUUGUUUUCCCUUGCUUCAUGAUUGUAGCCCUCAGUUCUUCAAGACUAUCAGAAAAAGAAAUGUAGUAUUUUGCUUGAAAAGCUAUACUACUCAUGUUGUAUAUGCGGGUGAUCACCAUAAUUAUGGCUUUUAUUCCUGAUGACAAAAUACAGCUAUGUAGGUUCAAGCAUGUAUGAGCUCUCUUCCCCAGUCACAAGUCAGUUACCUAUCAAAGUUUUCUUCAAACUGCUAAAAUUGAUAGCAUCGGAGGUAGUAAAAGGGACAUUUUACCAUGUGGGGUGACUACGAACUUUGAGAUGGAUUUAUUACUUCUUUUGUUUUCACAGAAAAAAGAAUGUUCUGUUUUUGGAUUAAUUAAGAAAAUUAAGUUUUUUUUUCUGUUUUACUAAAGAUAAGUCCGUUAGGUGAUGGAAAAAAAAACUAAAUAAAGCUAUAUGUAAAUAGCAAUAGCAAUGUUUACAAAGGAGAGAAAUAAGCUAACAAACUUGAGGUUGAUUAGGUUAUUGCCCAGAAACAUAUAACAUUCACAAUAUGUACGUUUCAGUAUCAUGUGACUGAAUCACGGGCUCGAAUGUACAACUGAUUGAGGCGACAUGUUUUUUUAAAGUUCGCCCUGACCAGUUAUGGUAUUCAACUGAUUGCUGCACAGAAAACUUUACUUCAGAAAGAUAUUUCUUAAAACUGCCCACGAGAGCAUUUCUUUAGACCUUUUUAUAAAUAAAUAUAUAGGUAAAAGUUUCAAGCCCAAUCCUCUCAGAUGGAGUGCUAACCAUAGUUGAAUUUUGUGUUUUACUAUUUUGCCACCAAUGGACCAAACCAAUUCUUUGGAAAAAUAAGCCCUCUAAAUAGCCAGUAAAUUCCACUCAAAAUCACUCUUAAUCAAAAAAUGUAUUGAUUUCGGACACGGCGAAGGAGAUUCGCGUUAUCGUCACGUGAUGCCACGUCAGGGAUGAAAGGUUUACACCAGUAUUUAAAUACUGCAAAGAAAUUUUCUCAAGAAUAAUCGGCAGUUAUGUUCCCAAUCUUUUCCGUUUUCAGAUGUCAUAUUUAUUUAUUUAUUUAUGAUUAGUGCAAUUUUUAAAAUCCACUUCUGUUUUCUUUCCUUGAAAUCUCUAUAGGCAGAAAGCAAGGGAGUAUCCAGCACUGUUGUAGGAUUAAUCUUUGGAACUUAUCCAUUUGUAGUGUUUAUCUUUUCUGCUGUGUUUGGAUUUCUCGUAAGUUCCUUUUUUACUUGAAAACAGCACCAUUUGUUUUCUUGCUGGCUUUUAAAGUCUUAUCAUAUGGCUGAUACCGCUAGCGGCCAAGAUGAGGCAAAUCCUCAGUUAUGAUUGGUCUAUUGUACUUUUUCCACACGGGAUUCGGUUUUGGCUAUGUAAUAAAUCCUCUUUGUUCAACUGACCCUGACAGAUCCCUUAACGGGUUUUUCUGAGGAGUUGGGUUUGGUGGAAACAUCACUUGCUUUGGCAGAGAUACCGUAAAAUUCCAAAAAUAAGCCCCGGGGCUUAUAUUUUACCAUAUUUUCGCUAUGUUGUACUUUAUAUUUGAGGGCAAUUUUCCAAGGGGGGGAGGGCUUAUAUUUGAAAAGGCGAUUUAACGGAGGGUUUUUUGCGUUACCGGUUUGGGGGGCUUAUAUUUGAAGGGGCUUAUACAUGGAGGGGCAUAUUCUCAGAAUUUUACGGUAUGCAGCUUCCCAGAAAAAAGGGGAAAAAAAACAAUCAAUAUGAAGGCACAUACCAUCCGUGCGGAGUUUGUAUGCCUGCUCAUUGAACCAAUUUUUUUUCGUUGUAGUUCUCAUCACCAUUACUUCAUCAUUUCCACAUCGCUUCCGUUAUUCUCACAAGACCUUUUUGAACUUAUGCAUGUUUUACCGCAGAAGAGCAAAUUUCACCAUCAAGCCUCGUUUUGAAAAUGAAAAGGUGCAAAGUUUUGCAUAAAUGAAUUUCCAAGGCAGUGGGGUUGAAAGGAAUAUCCACUGACAAAGAGUGCAGAAUAAAUGCUUACAAACGAGGCUUGGAGGUGAGGCUUGCUUUCCGGACGUAAUCAUCCCAUAAGGGCCAUUUGCGCGUGUCUGCAGCCAUUUCUAAAAUAACCUGUGUUACAGUACUGAAAACAAUGACUCAUUCUAUAAAGGAUAAAUACGAGUCUUGAUGAUUUCGUGAAGGUCAGGGCAAAGGGCCAUCUGCAGAAAAUAAAGAGGAGGAAAAAGUCAAGAAAAAAAUUUCAAAGAAAAGAGCCUUCACUUACAGCUGUAUAUAUACAGCUGGGACUCAAACCCAUGAUCGAACGUAUGACAGAACUCAGUAUCUGGCUGACAAGAUUCAAAAUUGCUCAAAAGGUUGUUUAAAAUUAGAGGUUGACCGAACUGUUUGUCGCGCUUUUUUUACUAGCAAGAGAGGAACUUUAUCCUCUCUUGUUACUAGGCAACUGCAGACCCCACUCCCGACGCAUAAGAGACGACAACUAACCGAUCCCCCACGCUCCCUGGAACAGCCACCCUGUCAUGUGAGACGACUCGUUAAGAUUUUUAAUGUUAUACACGGCAUUCAUGAAAAACAGGAUCCAUUAGUUGUAGCCAGGUUUUGAAUUUUGUUUAGGAUUUAGGAAACUUUUAAUUUUUAAAUUCCUGAUGGAUCUUACCGUGUUUAAAUAAAGAUUGAUUGAUUGAUUGAUUGACUCCCGACGCAUAAGAGACGACUCGAGAUACCACCGCGCUAAUGCGCCACGCGGAUUCCGAAACACUGAUAGAUCUUACUGGGUGAGAAAUGCAAUAGAGAUUUACGAAAACUGUCGCUUAGCUAAUUGUUUGCUAAAUAGUUUUUGUAUCUUACUUUUUCAGAUACCAAAGUAUGGUGCUCGCUUUGUGCUUUUAUCAGGAAUUUUUAUCGGCGGAGGAUCACUUAUUUUAUUUGGGUCAGUUGUGGCGUUAAAUAAUAUUUAAUCGCGUCUAAACGAAAAAUCUUACAGAGAUUAGAUUUCGCUUAGCAAAAACCGGAAUUCCUGUGACAAACUAUCCAUGCACUUGAGAAAAGAAACUUUAUGCCUUUGCAAUCGACUAAAUGUAUCUCUGACACAAAUACUUACACUGUGCGCUCGCGAUCAAAUGCUUAGUAAAUACACGAGAGCGACGAGAACCUAAUGGAUAGUGCGGCUGAGCCCGCGAUACAGUCACUUGAUUGGGUUCAGCAGAUGUCUUGUUUUGACCGCUGUUACGACAAAAAUUGCAGAAAGAGGAGGCAGCGUGGCCAAGUGGUCAGCACGUCGGACUUGCAAUCCGGCGGUCCCGGGUUCGAGUCCCGCUCUGGCAACUUGCUGGACUUGUUCUCGGUCGUCCCGAGUUCAAAUCCUCGGCCGCGCUUGUAAAUAGCUAACUGGUUGCCUUCUGCCAGUUGGGGUUUUUAACCCUGUUAUGUUGUGUUUGAAUUAUUUGUUUCUAAGUAUUUGAUUGGAGUGCCUGUAAACGAGCUGGAUAAGCUAAGUGCACUUUCCACUAUAAACAAACCUUUAAACCUUUACUUUUUCUAGAAAGGAUAGAUAGGUAAUAUGAAAUGAAACCCUUAACGUUAUAACAAAUUCCAGUCCUUUUCAACUAGUGAAAAGAAAAAGGAAAUGUAUCAGGAAAAUGGCUACGGAUUUGGGUAACCUUUGCCACUAUUGAUGAGAGGUAACGUUCUUUUGUAUGCAACAAUGGCAUAUAUGAUUUCAAACGGCGGCGCGCUAGAAAUUUAAUAUUCAGAAGCAAAAAUAGACGAUUUUUUCUUACAUAGACUGAUCUUCAGGCUAAUUUGAUUCCCUUUUUGUUUCGAAUGGUACGCGCGUUGGACGAUUUCCGUUUAGAUAAAGGGUUGGUCUUUUAAUAAACUACGUACUAAAUUUCUUUCCAAUAAAAUCAUUUUGCUUUCCACACAAAACCAAUGCAGUUUUGAUUGAUCUUUCAAACAAAUAUAAUUUAACUUGUAUUAAUAGUUGAGGUUUCCUUAAAAGCGUUACUGUACAAAUAGAUGAAAUACACAAAAAUGAAGUCUAUUAUAAGACAUGUCUCAAAGUAACUAACUACUUUCAUCUUAUUGUCUUAGAUUUUGUGACAGCCUUUCCGAUACAACUAUUUUCACAGUUUUCUGUUUUUUGCUGAGAACGACUUCUGCGAUAGGAGGAGCAGCAGCCGAGACCUCAUGCAUGUCCAUACUGAUAGAGAAGUUUCCCAACAAUGUUGGAGCUGUCACAGUACGUUACUUUUGAUAGAGGCCGAGUUAGUUCAAUUAGUAGAGCGCUCACCUGGGUCUUAAAAUAACUAAAUCUAAUCUAAAUAUCGUUAUGUCGGCAAAAUCGUUUGGGACAUCACGCCAACUCUAUUGCCAACUCUAUUGCCUUUGGCCCACAAACGUCUAGAUUUGUGGAUAACCACACGCUAUUUUCUUUCCAACCUAACCCUGGCUAAGUAAAUACGAUAAACAAACAAACAAACGCUGUGGAGCGGUUUUUUAGGAGUAGAGAGAGAGUACUUUUGUGUUGCAUUUUGGUCUUACGUUUCUACGCCUGUGAUUGGCUAAAACGUCUCACGCCACUUUUUCAACCAAUCAGACGUAAAAGCAGGGCCAAUUGUGAUGUGCUCGCACGUCUUGUUUUCCUGCGCUUUGCGCCGACAACAUAUAUGUAGAUCUAUAUCUAAUUGAUUCAUUUCACUGCCUGUGCCUCUUGUGAUUGGCUAUGAUCUUUUCCAGACUUUUAUCUUUUAUAAAUUUGUAAACCUUAGCUGUUCGAUCAGCCUUGCCUUCAAUUUUAAGUGAUAUCUUUUCUAGACUGAGAUCUUCAGAGCAAUCUUCGGCUGAAUCCUGUGGUGCCUACCAUUUACACUGAAAAAUCUUUAAUACAGAGGAAAUAAACUUUAUAUGGAAAACCACCAGCGCUUCGGAAUGUCUCUUUUCCCAAAUCUAAACUCUGACAAACAAUCGGACUCGCUUAUCUGAUUCAGGUUAAAAGUUGAAUAAUCUUCAUACGGAAAGCAGGGAUUUUUUCAUUCGAAAAGGUCAGAUAAUUCUUCAUCGUCAAUGAAAUUAGACGUACGGCUUGAAAAUAAGAUGUUGAUGCGAACUAACACUAUCACAGUUUAACAUUUAUGUUUACAUUCAGUGUCGUUGUUGUCGACCUUCCGACCGUCUGCAUCUUAAGUUUCCUUUUUCCCGCCGAAACUGACGUUCUCGUUCCAGUCUUUUCCCAGUCAACAAAUGCCGUCGUCGUGAACUUCGUCGUGGUUCUUAAGUUUCCUAUGUAGGUUUCCGUUUUAUUCGAAAUAGCAACUUGCUUACGGCUCAAUGCUGCAAUGCGUGGCUAUUUUCUUGUUUCUUUGAUUUAACGAUGUUUUAAGAUUAGUGUGGUAAAGUUUAUUUCUUGCUUGCUUUUAUUUAAUUGAACAAAGUCUUGAAUGUAUUUUUCAUUUAAUUUUUAUUCAUGUAUUUAUUUGAGAAGCAAACUUUUACUUUUACUACUUUUUGCAAUAACAAUAAAAUUGACACGAUGAUCCGUUAACGGAGUCCAAGCCAUUGUAUUUUUCGUUUGGGAUCAUUUGCGGUCCAAGCUGGGGAUCAUUUGCGGUCCAUUUAGGGGAUCAUUUGGCUGUGUGGGGAUCAUUUGCAGAGGUUUCCUCUUUAUAUCACUCAUAAUAUCUCGUAGGUUAUAUUUACUUGAGUGCUACGCGGCUUAUAGUUCAUCCAGUUUUGUUAUGGUUUAAAUAUCCUUUCGUUCUUAAAUCUUAAUUCUUCCCCUCUCUUUCUGUGUCUCUUUAGACCUUUUUCGUAGAGUGCCGUAUAGUCUGAUCCUAACCCUGACCAAACUCUAUAACUUUUGUGUGGUUCUGGUUUCUUAGGGAGCAGCGGAAACAUUUACUGGAAUUGGCUUUAGCCUUGGUCCAGCUUUAGGAGGAUUCCUUUACUCAGUAUGUAAACAGAGGAAAAUGUUGUUUCUGAAUGUUUGCGGAUGUAAGGCCUAGGCCAAAUCUCGAACUGUUCGUAAGACGAACCAAACUCUAACGUGGGUCGACCUAAAUUAAGUUAAGAUUGUCUUUUGGGUCAGACGGAUUGACUUAUUGGCGUGGUUGGGUGGGUAGUGGGUCGUGCGUCGUGGGCCGUGCGCCGUGCGUCGUGGGUCGUCAGUGCGUCGUGCGUCGUGCGUCGUGCGUGAUAGCUCAUGCCUCUUCGAGAAGACUCUUGCUCGUAGAAUUUGGAGGUAUCGUCUUCCUUUACACGACCCUUCGCGUUCAUGAAAAAGUUUCUCCGAUAAAAUUCAGUAAAGCAAAUUUAUCAGCGAAAUAUGUCUUCCCCGGUCCUCUCCCAUUUUCCCGCUCUACGUUCCGAAUGAAAUGCACAUGCGUCCAAGAAAACCACUUCCGGUUUAGAAAACUGUAAGAUAAUCGCUAAAUGUCGUUGUAAAAAAACCUUCCAGUAUGUUUUUUAGACCAAAUUAGGCACUAAGACGCACGACCCACUACACACCCACCCACGCCAAUUAGUCAAUCUCACCAAUCAACUGAAUCAUGCCACUAACAAAUUUUCUCUCAAACGCGGCAAAAUAUACAGUAUCAUACAAAUUUUUAAUUUAUUAGUUUAGUUCGUCGCAUUUGAACAUCGACGUUUGUUAUGGAGACGAUCUUCAGACUUCCUUGGACGAUCCAAACUCAUUCAAACGAACUUAACUGAGCCAAACGUCAAACUUUUCAUGAACAUAACUCACUAUGUUCGGUUUGUCUUAUGAAAAGUUCAACGUUUGGGCCAGGCCUUACUGUUAGUGCACGUCAAUAGAUCACAAUGAUUUACGAAGUUUUGAAACCUGUGUGUCUGACUGCUGCAACUCAAAAUAGAAAAUAGACUUUCUCUUUAAUACAAUAGUUCUACCUUAUAUUAAUUACGCAUUGUCCGUCUACACUGCGUCCGAUUCGGAUCUUACACCUGCGCAAUGUUCCUUGGACCGCUGUUUAGAAAAGUUUCAAACUCAACAUGAAAUCCACUCUUAUCUCUUAUCCUUAUCUCUUCCUUCUUAUCUGCCUUUUUCUGAGACACAUUUUGUUUCAAAAUCUGAGUUUAAACUGUUAUACAGAAUAUAUUAUGCCUGACAAUGGAAUAAAAUAUUGAUUAGAAAGACUUGACGGCUCGAAAAUUGUAUUAUCGUGUUGAUAUGAUAAACAGUAAACGAUAAGUAUAGAGAUGACUUGGUCUAUAUUGUCGUUUGCCAUUAGCCGUAGUCGUAAUGUGAAACUAAGUCUCUAAUUAUCUUCUUUACUCUUAUUCUUACACACAGGCUGGUGGCUUUAAACUUCCCUUUAUUGUGAUGGGCUGUGCUAUGAUUUCCACCAUUCCAGCCAUUGCAGCUCUUUUACGUGGAACAGGUUCGUAGACAUCUCGGAUCAUCUCGUGUUCUUUUUAAGAAAUGCCACAGGAUAAAGUACCCGGCCUGCGAGCAGUGGUUUUCCAGCCAGAAUUUACGCUUUGAAGGGAGGGAAACCAUCGCGAGCAACGUUUUCCUUUAGCCAUAGGGCUCCGCUGGGCGCGCUCCGCGCGCGCGUACGCUCCGCUUUAAAGCAGGAAGGGUUGUAUCAAAACAAGGUCAACUCCAGCCUCGUUUUGAACUGAGUUGUAACUGUACACUCUACAUGAUUACACGAUUUUACUGAUCACUCUGCACCGAUCUCUUACCCUCUGAUAGAUGCCCUUCGCUUACUUUUAUUCGCCUUUGUUAAUAGUUAUUAUUCAUUCACAAUAUUUCGCCGUUUUUAUUGGCCCAAAUCCCCCCGGCUAAAUCUUCAUAACCAUUCAGCUGGCGUUGACCAAGUUUGGAAGAUGCGAGCAAUGUACCAUCGAAUCCUGGCCAAUCGUGCUUGCAUUAUAAUUUAGAUAUCUUGUGUUACCAUUUUCCUUAGAAAAACAAGCUGUUGAGGAAACACGCGAAGAAUCAACUUCCUUCUUCAAAGCAUUACGAAUUCCUGGUGUAUUCAUGUCCGGUAUGUACUCAGAAUUAAUGUAGUAUUAUUGGCGCGUGGUCAACGCCUUAAGGUCUCAUCCAGACUAAUGCGUUUUCGCUUGAAAACGCACACAUUUCGAUGUGUUUAGGCCUUCCUUCCACACUCAUACGCUGAGCGUUUUCGAUUUGAAGGGCUCUUGAAAGUGGAUCAAAACGAAAACGCAUACAUAUCGUAUUAGGGUGGACUGUCGAAAACGCCGCAAAAUGAAAACGAUGACCAAAAAUAUCGCAGGCGCGUGUGUUUGAAGGAUGCCCAUAGAGUUCAACUUACGUUACCACGUGCAAUUCCAUCGUUUUGGAAAGUUUUAGUGUGAACAGUCGAAAACGUUUCAAAACGGUAGUGUGGACGCGAAUCGACGAUGCGUUUUCGAUAACAACGGAAAGGCAGACUUUUGAAAACGGAUUUAGUUUUUAGUGUGGACAGGGCCGAAUUGUUAAAGUAAAGCGUGCUCUUUAAAUGGACAAUAACCCAUUUACUAUUUUCCCAAGGGUGAAUCCCUACGAAAGCUAGCACGGAGGACUACGCAUCAUUAGACCUCUGGAGCUUGUAUGUUUUGUUUUCCCUAUAAGAACCUCAAGGGAAUUUGCCCCUUUUGUCUCGCUUGCCGCGGGUUUGUACGCACCAUAACCCACUUCGGACACUUCCGUCAUUCCCGUACUGUUUCUACCAACUCUAGCUUCUUCAACGAAAAAUCUUGUACAACUUUCACUUCUGAUUGGCUAAAAUGACGCAGUUUUUGUAGCCAAUCGCAACGUGUUUAAAGCAAGGAAAACUGUUCAUUCGACUAAGGAACUUCAUUUUUCGAACGAAGAAAGUUGAUCAAGUGUAUCCUUGGUUCAAAAGCUCGCAGUCGUGUCUUAUCAGGUGUAAAAACUCUCGGCUUCACCUCCAGUUUUUAAACCUGAUAAUACACUCCUGCUCGUUUUUUAAACAGUACUUUAAAUUUUAUUUUCUUCAGUUUUAAACUCAUUGCCACCAUUACUGAACAUGCCCAAAAGCCAAAGAGUAUAAAAUUUAAACCAAGGAUAAAAUUGAGCCACAACAUAUACCCCAGAGAGCGCGCAUACGAGAACAAAAGGCUAUCGUUCUAGCUGUAAGCAAUUUUUUUUUUCUUCACUACACACUAAGCCGUUUACUGCGCUUUUCACAAGCACGCGAACUCUAAAGUUCAAAAGCCUCCUUCACAAUUGCAUUUUUCGCGGCUGUCAAUCAUAAUUACGAUCAAUAUCAAACAAAUAAAAAACGCGUCAGCGUGUGCUACUGAUCUAUAAAUGCACAUAAGAAGUGUCGUAAGCACAAAAGAAGCGAAAGAGGUUAGCUUCUUCUGGCAAGAAUUCUUAAAACAGUUUUUACUUCUGAUUGGCUGAAGUGACGCAUUCUUUUUUUAGCCGACCACAAAGCGUUACAUAGCAACCGCGAAAUUUAUUCAACUAUAUUAUUUAUUUGGAAGUCCUUUUUUUUCUUUUUUUAAGCACUCUCUUUUGUCAUCAUCGGUUGCUCCUUUGGUUAUUUAGAGCCCAUUUUUGAACCUCAUAUGAAACAGGUAAGCUGGUUGAUUUUGUCUCUCUCUCUUUUUCCUUGAUACGUGAUAAUGGUUUUUUUUUUUCUAGUGUCUAUUCAAUCGAAUCAGUAGUCUAACCUAACACAACGAGAUAUUUUUCUUUUGACAUUUUUUAUGUAUUUUUGUUUCAACUGGUGUUCACAGAAUCCUCGUGUUUGGCAUCAGUGCAAUAAGCCACUCGAGAGAGUCCAAUAGAACUGCGCUACAACACCAACCCUAUUAUUUUAUUUCAGUAAUGAGUCCCACUAGACCCCUUCGCGCAAGCUCCUCUUAAGGGGCUUUUUAGUGAAUACGGUCAGGGCCAACACUGUAACCUUUGAGAACAGCAAGGUGGUAACUGGUGCUUUAUCUAUCUUAACUCAGAUGUGAUCCCCUCUCGUCAGCUCCAACCUAAUUUCUCAACUAAUAGGUAUCUCAGUGGACGAGUUGACAAGAGUAAUCGCCGUUUUCAUUUGCGUCGAUAGUAAGUCCAUUGGGCUAACAGUAACAGGGAAUGGUGUUUCCAUAGAAACCCGCUCCCGACCUCCCAAUCUCCCAACUAGGCUAACAUGCACCUCAAGGUGUAAAAGGGGAUGUUACUUCUGGUUUGCAUUAGCUAAUACCAUAAGAUCAAGAGCCUCAAGAAAUGCAGAUACAUAUAUUGUUGAAAGGUGUCUCAGCGUGUCAAUAAUUGAUCCUUUCAUUUACAGCUAGGUGAAAAUUCAGCCCAGAUUGGCCUGAUGUUUUUAUUAUAUUCUGCGGUGUAUGCCGCUUUGGCGCCAGCAAUUGGCUGGUUAGGGGAUAAAACGGUGAGUGUGUUUUAAUUACCGAUAAAACGUAAGCAGAGUAACUCUUUUUAAAAAUGAAUUGACAAACCCCCUAGCCCUUUGAUAAACCAUUUUUUUCUCAGAAAAGGUAUCCUUUACCUGAACCUUCAACUUAAAAAUGGCACUCCUUUCACACAUCUAGUUAUUGCCAACGAGCUGCGAGGCGGCAGUCUUAUAAAGCUGUGCGCGAUUGUUCCAGGGGCAGAAAAAAUCUCGAAGCGAUGUAACAUAGAGUAGUGUAAGGCAACCAUGACGUAAUGCAGGACAGAGAAUGCAUUGUUUUCGAGCGAACACGUGAUACAGGUCAGAGAAUCCACGAACCGUGUGCGUGUUUGUGAGUCCGGUGCUCAUCCCGUCUUCAACCAAUAGUCGGGUGGAUCGUUUCCAUCCUACGCGAUAUCUGUCGCAUUUGCCCGCUAGAAUUUUUCAUUGCAUGCGGCUAAGAAAAAUUACAACGCAGCGAAAUUUUUUGUGUCUUUGAAGCAAAAUAAUACGGAAGGCUUCAUUGGCGCACCAUAAAUUAAAGCAAGGGCCACACAUACACCAAACCUAUGAUCCGCCUUCUCCGCCCACGUCGUGGGAGAACUGCCGUGCGGUUCCCAGCCAACAGCUCUCACAUGUGUUGUGUGGAGUAUGCCGGGGUACAAAGGGUAGACUCAUACAUACAUACAUACAUACAUACUUUAUUGGCUCGUCCCCACGGGGCUUUUCAGAGUCAACUCAUGCCUAAUAUCAAGGAUAAAAUGCUUUUAGAAGGGGUAAUAUUGCUCGAGUAUAAUAAGGAAAAGGCAAGCUCAAGGGGCCUCUUCGUUAUCCACCCUAUGGUAUUCCUGCUGUUCUAGAAACAUUUUUGUUUAGUCUCUCGACUUAUCUAGAGCAAAGGUAAAGCUUCCGGGAAGAAUUAAUUGCAUCCCUAAUCACCCUGUAACCGCGUAGACUUUGCGCACUUUGAAAAUGAAACUGGAGUUUAUCUCGAUUUAGGGUUUUUUUUUUCUUCAGACUUGUUGAAUGUUCCGGGUGGUCUUUUUCUACUCCAUGGAAGAGCUCUAGCCAUUUAAAUGACAUCGACGUGUGCGUUCCAGUCAAAAGAGACCCAUGAAAGAUCUCGUAGUCUCACCACUUUAAAAUAGUCAGGAUUGCAAUCGCUACAAGGGAUGCUAUAAAGCAUCUUUCCAAAACGGGGAUAUAUUCUGGUUUUAAAACUAGUAGAUCUCAAGUUUCAAUUUUCAAGUUUAUUGACGGCUAUAUACAAACAAUUUUUAAGCACCAUCUUAAGACGCAUAUUCUUAAGACGUCUGCUUAUAGUGAUCUGUAUUUUUACAAGUUACAUAGUAAUAUUUAACAAUUAUUCUUUGAAAUCGAGAUGAAUAGUGGCUAAAUAUUUGCCGAGCCGCGAAAGCGGCGAGGUAAAUAUUCCCAAAGCCACUGACUAUUCACCGAGAUUGAAAAGAAUAACUGUUUUAGUAUAUACACACGAAGGGUGCGUUCGAUUGGGAAAUCCGGAUUUAGAUUUUCAAAAUCUAAAUCCGGAUUUCCCAAUCGAACGCGAAAUCCGAAAACGGAUUUCACCUCCGAGAAAUCCGUCCUCAGGGUGGAUUUCAAUUAAGAAAUCCAAAUCCGGAUUUUUUGGAUUCCCCUUUUACCGUUCGAUUGGGAAAUCCGAAAAAGGAUUUGCAAAACUAUUCUCGUGAACAGCGGUCUUCUUUUUACUAAUUAUGCGUGCGCAUGCGAGACCGCUGUUCCUAAGGACAGUUUUUCAAAUCCUUUUUCGGAUUUCCCAAUCGAACGGUAAAAAGGAAAAUCCAAAAACAAAUAUUUCGGCGUUGAAAUCCGUUUUCGGAUUUCGCGUUCGAUUGGAAAUCCGAAAUCCGGAUUUUAAAAUCUAAAUCCAGAUUUCCCAAUCGAACGCACCCGAAGUGAUCUCAACAAAAUUAGAGAGGAAACCAUUAAAAAGUACUAUUUGAUUGACAGAUCAAAUCACGCGUAAGUUUAAAAAUAGAUCUUGGCAGAAUUUUCAAACAUGGCAAUUCACAAGUUUAUCAUUUCGCAAACAACAACGUAAUGGCUUAAAUGGAACCGCUAAAAGUUUGAACUGUUUCCUUACCUGAGAAGAAAAGUGGAGCUUUGUUGUUUUCUGUUGACUCGCCAAGUUUAUAGCCAAAAGGGCUUGUUGUGUCGUUCUUCGCAUGAAGUGCUGACAAAAAUGGCCGGCUCGGUUGCUCGAGGUAAGACGUCGUCUUCCUGUAUCAUUCUUUUUCCUGUUUACUUGAAACGUAGAAUUUCUGCAAACAUUUCCUUUUAAAUUUGUUUGUCAUAAAUAAACUUCGAUUUUUGAGCCAAAAUUUUCUUGUUAGAAAACGCUGAGUUCACGAAACGGCUUCUUCUACGCGAAUACACGGGAGUUGUAAACAAUCCAUCGAGCACAAAACUCAGCUACAGUAAAUUGAAAAACGCCGUAUUGAAUCCUUCCAAGGCUUUUCUUGCCUUAAAAAAAGUCAGCGCUAGGAUUUUGUCGACUUUUAAAAGAUCGUUCUCUAAAAAAAUGGGAAAAACACCGAGCUCACACAUUAUCCACUCGCUAGGAGGUGAAUAUUGUUGAAUAGUCCGAGAUAGCGAACCAAUCAGAUUGCUUAAAUCACCAAGAUGACUGAGUGUGUAAAUACUAAUGUUAUAUAUGUCAUUACAAGAUAUAUUCUUAUUGUAUUUCGUUGAUUUGCAUUCAUAUUGUAAAUACAUUUUUACCUGUAAUGCUCAUUUGAUCAUUAGUAUGAAUAUUUGCCGGCAAUAUUAGUGAAUAAAUUAUUAUUAUUAUUAUUAUUAUUAUUAUUGUUAUUAUUAUUAUUAAUGUUUCAUAAUAAAGAAAUAUUAAAACCCAAUGGCGAAGAGACCCAAGGGAAACUACAGGGCUUAUAUAGUAAUAGGCUUUCUAAAAUAAAACUCUAGUUUCUGCAUACAUUCGUCCGUCCUCUAAAUUGUACGUUUUCUUGCCAGAAAUGGUAUCGAGGCUUCCUAAUAUUGGGGUUCACUGGAUUUGGUAUUGGCUAUCUUAUGCUCGGUCCUGCACCGUUUCUGACAUUUUUACCUCAAAGGUUUGUAACUACCUUAAACAAAGAUACACCAGGGUUCAAUUUAGUAAAGCUUUUCUUUUGCAAGUGUAAUUUACAAUUGUAGCCAUUGACUCUAAAAUAAUGGCUACACUAGUAAAUUGCAUUUAUAAACGGUUUAUUAAAUUGGCCCCAGAAUGGACCUUUUAACCAGCACUAAGCCAAAUGACCGUGCCAUAAAGGCUGACCGUUUAGUACAAAUAGACUACAAUCUUGGACAGUUAAAAUGGAACAGCAAACCCCUACCCCCCACCCCCGAGUCAUUUUCCCGCAUCCGCAUCCUUGAAUGGGGGGGGGGGGGGGGGUAAUUUUCCGUCCAUUUUGUCCAAGACUGCAGCCUCAAUGUAAGCCAAGGAACACAGAUGGUGAAGAGGAUAAGAGUGUUGAUGUGAUAGCCCUCAACAAAAAAAGUGGCUGCUUGAUAGAAAUAAGCUAAUUUAACCUGGGAAAAAUAAAGUGUCCAGCACCAAAGCAGAGAAUAGGUUUCUCUGCAAUAAAGAAAAAUUGUACGUGUUACGUGCAUUAGAUGAAAUAUUAAAUAAAUUGUACAGUUGAACCUCUCCAUCACGGCCGCCUUGGGUGGCCGCCGUAGAAAGGUUUAAACAAGAGUCAAUGUACUAUGGACUAUUCAACAAUGAAAAAAGUGGCCGCUGUACUGAGAGAGGUGGUCGUUAGUGGCUGGAGUUUCGACCGUAGUAUAAGAAGCCUCCGAGUCGACCUCAGUGAUUAUGGCGUGCAUGGCUGGCACUUGAAUCUGUUUGCCCUGAUAAUGUAUGAAAAAACAUUUUUGUUUCUGUGAACAUUUUUAAAAUUUUGCUCUUUUCUUACAUUUUUCAGAAAGGUGUGGUUUGUUUGUAUUAGCCUUCCUAUUUGUGGUCUUGGGGGAGGAUUUUCUUUUGUGCCAAUAAUGCCAGAUUUAGUUAGAAGUGCCAGGUGAGUGUUUUUUAUUACUUUCUUACAGGGAAGCUGAAAAAAAAGCAAGCAAGGUCGAGGAAAGUGUUAUAAGCCGAGCCGAAGACCGAGGCUGAUAACACUUACAAAGAUAUUAUUAUCAUCUUGUAAAGGACCCAACUACUGACUCAGUGAAACUUACGAACAAUUGUAUAAAUAAGAAAAAAGACACAUUUGAGAAACAAUAGGGACCUUAAGCACCUGUGUCUGGGAUGAAAUGCUAUCCAGUGAAUAAAUCGAUAUCUCUAUCAAAUGGAUAGCGCAAUUGGUUUUCCUAAUACUUAUCUGUUGGAUAGAGAUUUAUUCCAAGGGAUAGCGCUAUCUAACGUUUGAACAAUCCGGGCCAGGAUAACUUUCACCGGGAAUCCUCUGUUUAUCUUAGAAAACUUUGAUUCACUUAAUUUUUACUUCACGGCAGCCCUUAGAUUCUCCAAAGAGAGGUUUCUAGGACUUUUUAUAACCUUUCUUUACGUUAAUCACACUGUUAUUAAUAUUACAAUGAAAGACAUGGAGCAAUAAUUAAAAAUAAUGCCUCAAGGUAAAGCUUAUAACGUUCAGCAUUAAACAAAUGUUCACUCGGAUCCGUGUACGUGUAGCAGCCAAAGUAGCAGAGAGCUUUAGAGUGGGCUGUUGCUUUAAUGUGCUUACAACGUACAGGCGCACCCAACGAGAAUAUCGCUCAAAACCACUUAAAUAUAGCGUUGAUGAACGUAUUUUCAUAUUUAAACGGUAGAUAUAGGCUUAUUUUUAUCUCCUAAAAAUUUUUCAUCUGUUCGGAUUUCCUAGCUGAAAGUCUAGUGGUCCGAAAAUUAUAGGGAUCAAAACUUACCUUUUCGAGAAUUUCAGCCUGAAAAAAGGCUCCCGAAAAUUCUAGGUGAUCUUUUUAGGGUAAAAAUCCGUUAAAAAUGGGCAAUUAUCAUUUUUCAUAUGUUCGAAAAUCCUAGGAGAGGCAGGCAAGCAAGAAAUUUUACAACAAAUGUUCCGAAAAUUCUAGAUCUCAAAUCGUCUUCCGAACAGAUAUUUUCCUAAAAUUGACUUUGGGUGCCCCUGAACGUAGAAGAAACAUUGAACAACCACAUCACUUGACUUAAAACUUCAAUUUCUAAGCCUUGUCUUACAGUUGUUUGGUUAAUUCCCUUGACCGUAAUAUAUAGAUUUAGCCAGGGCUAAAAGCGAAGCUCUUGUAUAUUAACUCGAAUUUAUAUUUUAAAUCAAACAAUAAACUUGUUUUCCACAAUUCAGUUAACUUUAGAGCACAUUCAUGCGACUUUUGAGGGGAAAGGUUAAGUGAUUUUAGAGAAAAGAAAUUUGCAAACAGUCCAAGCUAAGAGUGAACUUAAUCUUACAUGGAGUUGAUAGCGUUAUAUGUACACCCAAAAAAUAGCAAUCAUCUUCGAUCACAUUUAAGAGCGCUGGCUCUUGAUCACAGUAGAUUAGGCCUGAAAAACAAAUUCUUGGAAAACAAAUCAGGCCGAAUUUUUUGCGUUCAACAAGUUUACUUUACAAAAUCUUGCCAACAAGUCUGGGGACGUGUAACCCAACCUUUUAUACUUUUUAUACAUCACAUCUGAUGUGAAACAGUACCAUGAGGCGCUGUUUUUAUCAUACAGACCUCGGACAGAAUGCAGUAUUUCACAAUUUUGCGAUACAAAUUGCACUCACUCAAUAUUCAGGACGAUCGAAGCACGUAUGGGCUUUUAGCGAAACCGUUGAAAAAAUUUCCAAAAUCACCUAUACGGCUAGCCGGUUCUCACUUUUGACAAGCGCCAAAGUCGACUGUUUAAAUUAUGAUUAAUAGAGUUAUACACUUCAACAUAAUAGAAAAUUUAUUAUGUUUAUAUUUUAUUUAAUGGUUUUAUAACGAUGUGUAAUCGUCAAAAGCGUUUGAUACGCGCGGCAUUUUGACUACUCCUGCAUGCAAACGAUGUUCAUGAGCGACUGAAAACAAACGGCACAGCGAUAAAAAUUGCAAAAGAGACUACUCACAAUCAAUAAAAGGAAAAUAAUUCGGUGAAACAUAUACAGAGACAACAAUUUUCAUUCAUGAAGACAAGUAUUAAAGUGUCCCUGAAAAUCCUUGUUUAUGUUUUUCAUUUUGUAAGCCGGCUUCCCGGUGUUUGCUUUUUCAAAGAUGAACUCGAGGCAAGAAAAUCGCUCAAAGCUUUCUUUUACAGCCAGAAUUAUAACUAAAUAUUCUUUGGAACCUUUUCUUUCUAUUUGCGGUGAGAAAAUGUCUAAAGGCUUUUUAAAGUUCUAUAAACUUAUAAUCAAACCUGAUGCUCGGUCAGAUCAUUGUCUCAUAUCUUACAAUUAAAAACGUGCAUAAACUAAAUAGCCGCAUAAACUACGCUCGACUUCAUUAAAUUAGAAAUAAAAAACAAACGUCAAAUACAAUAAUUACUCAGGCUUACCAUUCGAGAUGCACUGAAAACUAUCAAGUAAGGCCAGAAUUGCUUCAGACUUUUCAACCCUCUUACGCAUCAAGCACGGUGAAAAACGAAAACGAUGCCAUCCGAAAUCGGAUUUCCGACUUUGACAAGCGACGUAUUUCUCAACCAAAAAUCCAAUAAACAAACUAGCCAUGAAUAAAAGAAGACUCAGCUGAAUUUCAUUUUGUACAUUCAGUGGAAAACGACAGUUAUAAACAUCACAAGUUGACACAAAACUCUGUCAGCUUCAGCAAAGUAAACAAGUUUCAAGAUGCAUAAAUUUUCCGCACGAACUCACCCGUCAAAUUUUGACCAAUCAGAGCAUAAAAAUUGGACGUAGAGCGUGACUAACGCGUGACCUUGGUGAGAAAAGUCAAAAGCAACUGGCAUGUCUUCCCUGGCUGUAAAAACUGGCUGAAUUUUAGCUUCCGAGGUCAGUUUGAAAUCAACAUUUUAAUUUUGCGGCACAUACGAAACACGACAACUUUUUUAUAUGAAUUAAAAAAAAACUUGAGCCUGCGAUCAUUUAAAAACUAGUAACUUGUCAACGGAUAACUUCAAAAAGAUAUUUGACCUCGAUGGGUCGACACCUGAGCCCGCGAUACGGUCAGGUGAUACUGGUCAGCGGAUACCCUAUUUUGACAGCUGUCAAUUGAUCACAACAUUGAUGUGGAAUAUAUAUGUGCAAUAUCGGUCUUCCUGUGCUCGCAAACUGGCUAGAAAGUGUGAGGAUUAAACACUGGUUUUCCUGUGGUGCGGACGGACGGGCGGGCGGGCGGUGUACGGUCACGUGAUUACCAAAUUUUCUGGGAUGGGUAGAUUUACUUACCCAUGGUGCUCCGCAGGCGCGCUUCGCGUGCCAGAGCUCCGCUAUUAUAUGGCUGUCGGUAAUACUUCAACUUUUUAAUUGUAAAUUUAUGGUACGAAUGUAGUAGGAUUUAAUUAAAAAUCAAUAUCUUACCCUGCAUUGUCUGACUGACAAUUAAGUGAAAUAUCUUGGCCUGUAAAAAGUGUUCAUUCAUGUUGUUUAUUAUGUAGAGCGAACGGGAUGCCUGACAAUUCAUCCACAUAUGCCGUUCUCUCGAGCAUUUUUGGCUGCAUGUUUUAUCUAGGGUAAGUUUAUCACGGUAAAUUGUAGUUGGUCAUGUUUUGGUCAUUUUUUGGAAUUGUUUUGUUAAUUUUAUUCCAGCUCUAAUGUCGUUGCGUUAAUAGAAUUUUUUGUUGCGGCAAAAAAAAAGUUUCCUCUGUUGUUGCACAUGCGCUGUACUGUAGUUAGUUAGUUAGUUAGUUAGUUAGUUAGUUAGUUAGUUAGUUAGUUUGUUUGUUUGUUUGUUAGUUAGUUAGUUAGUUAAUUAGUUAGUUAGUUAGUUAGUUAAUUAGUUAAUUAGUUAGUUAGUUAGUUAGUUAAUUAGUUAGUUAGUUAGUUAGUUAGUUAGUUAGUUAGUUAGUUAGUUAGUUAGUUAGUUAGUUAGUUAGUUAGUUAGUUAGUUAAUUAGUUAGUUAGUUACUUAGUUACUUAGUUAGUUAGUUAGUUAGUUAGUUAGCUAGCUAGUUAGUUUUUAAACGAGUAUUAAGACCUUGGCGUUCGAACUCUCCUUUUUUAAGUGUUUUCAGUUUUGUGCCAACAUGUUUCUUCUUUAAGCUUAGCCAAGUUUUCCAGGAGUUAUCUUUUUUUUAUUUACAGGGCAACAAUUGGACCAAGUAUAGCUGGGAUUUUUAGUGAAAACUUUGGUUUUCAGUGGGCCACAAGUGUAAGUUUUUUGUUAAGAUAUUAUCUGCUAGCUCGUCUUUCCACUAAACCUAGUAGAUGCAAUAUGCUGCUCACUUAUCGGGGAACUACCGGUGCGAAACACGUUAAGCGGUGAAUAUAAAUGUAAACUGACCGAUGAAUGAAUAUCUAUUUUGGUUGCGGCUCAGCCACCAAAAUGCUACAGCACUCCCCCGUUAUUGGUCGUUAAUCCGAAUCCCGCUGAGUUCCCGAUCGGUUUGACCUCAAGACAAUCCAAUGGCGGUCGCGCUCUCUUACCGGGCUUUGGAAGGAAGAAACACAUGACACUGCUCAGGACAGCAUUAACAAAUAUAACUUUCUUACCUUCAUUGUUUUUCUUAUUUUUAUUCAUUUAUUUAUUUUAUUUUUUCGUUUGUAGAUCGCAGGUUUCAUCUGUUUUGGUCAAGUAAGUAAACUAUGUUAUUGCACCUCGCCAUGUUCUUUCUGCAUAAAUUUACAUCUUCUGAAUGUGAAGUUGAUCACUAUUUACUCUAAAGCUAAGUUCAAGUAUAUCUAAACUGCACCUACAUCUGUUUAUUUACAAAUAAGAAGGCUUGAAAUCAGUGGUUGCAUGAAAUGAUUACUUAAAUUAAGAAUACGUUACACCUAGGAUGGAUUCACUUGCAACAUAAGCGUAAUUCCGUCGUAUUGCCCGUUGCAAUUUUUUAUCACCGUAUUUUAGCUUAAAAACAAAAAAUUUCAGCGAGCAAAUGCGACGGCUGGACGUGUAUGCUCCAAAUGAUCCACCCUUAGGCCCCGUUUAUAUGGGGAGAAGUUGCUCCAGCUAGAAGACUCACCCGCCUACCCAGGCUACCCUGGGGGGAAGGCCACCUUUUCAUACAUUUCCUUACAAAAAGUGGCUAAUCGUUUACAUGGAAGGGUCACUCCUUAUCCGGGCCAAUUUUUAUCAUACAAACACUUUGACUCAGCCAGCCGUUUCAACCCGGUCAAGACUUGACAAUUAGAACAUGCGCGAGCGCUCUUUUAGACAAUCAGAGCAUGCGCUACGCUGAUGGGGCGGGUUAAAAGGGUCAUCUUUCUUCGCAUAUAAACUCUCACUUAAGUUGGCUCGGUUGGUAGGGUGGCCCUUCCACUAAGGACAGCUUUUCUCCAUAUAAACAAGGCCUUGCUUUCCUAAAAGAGAAUUAAUAUUCCGCAGCAUGUCACGUCGCCAAAAGAAAAAGUCGAACCCGUGAGAUCCGAAACUUAUGGCGGAUGCCUAUCCAGAGAGAUACAAAACAGCCGCAGAAUUAAAAAAAAAAACGUAUUUUCCAGUUGAAAUCAUAUUCAGGCUAGAAGCAGCAUUGUUGAAAAGGGGUGAUGAUAAACUUAGUUUGAUGGCAGAAUUUUAAGUUUGGUUUUGAAGUGAGAAAGAUGAAAAGAAAACGAUCUGAGUUCUCGACGAGAUUUCUUGUAUUAAUUUUCAUUUUAUCAGCUCCAAAGGUUGCCAAUUCCAAUUCAGAUAUUUGAAAACCGUCGGCAAAGGCCAUUUAUUGAAUGUGUCGAAAUGGUCAAAGACUAGUUCUACAACACGAUGAAAGAUCGCAAAAAGUUCAUGUUGGCAAUUGAAACUGGCCUUGUGGUUUGGGUUUGAGACAAAACGCUUCGAAAAGCGUCUUUACGAAAUCUGAUGAUUAAAAUUUUUUGAAACAUUUGUUAGGCAUAAAAUACAUUUACUUCUUAAUUGUUUCCAGGCGCUGCUUCUGUCAGCCUUCACGAUGUUUGAACCGGCUCAUAGGUUAGUAUUUAGUACAAAUGAAGUGUGGGCCAAGGUAAAAGCCUACUCGCAGACAUGCAGUCGUGAUAUUUUCUAGCCACCACGUAGGUCACGUGAACCGUCGGCAACUGGGAACACCGCCUUGGUCGCCUGUCGUUUGUUUAAAUUCGUCGAUUUACGUUGGGGCUAUUUUGAACCAAAAAGAAAAUUUUCACUUCCAUUUUUGGCUCUUUGUUAUGAAUUUUGAGGUGGUGGCAAACCCAGCUCGUUUUACAACACGGGAGGGGGGGCGCGGCUAGCUUAACAGUUAAGUUUACUAGUUCGCGGAUUUACAAAAGGCCCGAAAUUUGUCACUCAGAGACAGCGAAUCAAAACUUAACAGGCCACCAAAAUGUUGAAUGAGGGCAUCAUUUCUUGGCUGUUCUCCGCAGCAAAUGUUGGAUGACCAUAUGGAAUUAUUCCUUCAUUUUCGGGACAUAAAAGAACUACCAUGAAGGUAAUAAGCAAGCCUUAGCUUUGUUCAGCCUCUUAAAUCAUCAACACAGGAAUCUUUAAAAAGUUUAAAAAAUUUUAAAAAUCGGGUUUUCUCAGUAUAUCUGUUAAUUAAGCCAUAAAUUCGUCCACAAAUGGACAUUUCCGCCAAAACUAGAAUGACAGUCAGUACUAUUUAUCCUAAGGGUCACUUUGACUUUGCCUCUUUGAAAUAUACAAGAUGUUAAUAGUGCUGCCUCAUACUUCUUUUUAGAAUAAACGACGCAAAUUCUGGUCUUGCUGAGGAAGAGAAGAGGCCGAUUCUUGUGAGCUCAUAA